AGAAAUUAGAAUAUAAUCGAUCGUUGAUUUUUGUAUUCGCGUGAGUUUAUUUCUAAACAUCAUCAUUGUUCGAGUAUACGAAUUUUCAAAUGACAAUGAUAAAUAUUAAAAGAAAUCAUAUUGUAAUAUCUAUUUGGUACGAUAUAUAUCGGUAUUGAUUUUGCGUCAUGAAUCGGAUAAAUCUCGGAAUGAUAGGAAACAGAUACGUUUGUUAAAAAAAAAAAAAAAAAAAAAAAAAAAAAAAAAGAAUUCAUUCUAAAUUUAUUAACGAGAUACAUUUUGCAUCGAGUACGAUGUUAAAAGAAAAACUGAAACAUUUUCUUUAAAAUAUAUCUACUUAUACACGAUAUGACGAGAUCUAUCGGAUGAUAUAUAUUUCAAUUCGUAUUCGAAAAAAAAAAUUUAUUUUUGUUGAACAGUGAAUUAUUAAAUUCCGUAUGCUCAUGAACAAUCGAUCCUUCAUUCUUCGUCGUACCAUGAAAAUCUUUUGAAAAAAUGGCCAAACACUUAAAUUAAUAAUAAUUAAUUUAAUUUUGUUUGUUUAUCAAGGAGAAUUUUAAAUUCUUUACGACGACGGUCAAUGGAGGGAUGAUUUUUCUCUGGAAAAAAAAAAGAAAAAGGAAGAAAGUAAAUGCUAUAACAUUUUAAUCAUAUGGUUUUCUAACAAUUUGAUUUCUUUUCUUUUUUUUUUUUUUCUUCUUAUAUUUAUCAAUAUCCAAUCGGUCUUAUGACAAUUACAAUCGGAUUUAAUUCUCCAUCACUAUUUUCCUUCUCGACGAUCUUUACAAGUUCCUUAUUUAAUGUUUACCUUAGUUAUGAGAAGAUCGUCUUCGAAGAUCUAAAAAAUGUCGAUAAGCCGAGUGUAAGUAUUUUUCUAUAGAUCAGUUUUCUUUUUUCUAUUUAUUUUCUUUUUCUUUCUUUUUUUUUUCAACCAAUCACGAUAACAACAAAUACUUUCACACAUUAGGACAUCGCGAUUGCUUAAAAAGAAAAUAAUAGCAAAAAUUGAACGUACGUAUGAUCGAUAAGUAAUUUGUUUGAAUAUUUACGAUCAUGCACGUUCUCCUCAAAUUAUUAAUGAACAAUAAACAAAAUACAAUGGUUAUUUUAGCGAUCGAUAUUAUCUAAAAAGUUUUAAUCCGUCAGAUGAAACGCAACUGACUCGAUCGAAUCCGAUACGUUCGUCGAUAGUGAUACGCUCGAAUUAACAAGAUAGAAGAACGAUCAUGCCUUGGUGAGAUCAAUUAAUUAAGAUCAAUUGAGAAAGAUCGUGGAGUGUCAUAUCGAACACCUUGUUUAAAUUUCAUUAGCUCGACCGAUCGAGGAGAGAGGGCUCUUUUAUGCCCUAUACGACAGAUCCAACUCGUGACUCGAUAAAAAGUGCGUGAAAAUGGACGAUUCAUCGGUUUUAUGUUUCAGGACGUUCUGAAAAUUAUACUACAGGGUUACGGUAUAAUCGUUCAAACAACGUAUCUCCAAUUAUUCGAUUCCCGAAUACGCACUGCCAAUUACGAGACUGAUACUAUACAUGAUUUCUUAUUGAUGUUGCAACGAUCCUGCGAGAAGAAAGUUGGAUUUUUGUAAUUGGAUCACGAGGAUCGGAUGGAUGAUCCAAUUCGAAAAAUGUCUAUGUCGAAUAGAUCCUGAUUUCGAAUAGAAAGAAUUUUUGAUAUGAAUGAAUUAUUAGCAAACAGUGCGAAAAGAUAUAAGUAUAUUCCAUCAAAUAAGACAAUUUCAAAAUAUCUUUCUUCUCGAUCUUUCCUUGAUAUUAUUACGAAUAUCAAAAAUACGAAGAUCGAUGAAGUUACAUCUAACAAAUCCUAUACUCUUUCCUCGUCAACUAUCGAUUUAUGAAAUGAAAUUGUAAAUUCGUAUUCAUAUCUAAUUGUCCUCAUUUAAAAUCAACAUAACAUUUGAUAUAAUGCAAUUUAAAGUCGCCGAAAAGAGAAAGCAGAUUAUAUAUGUAUAUAUAUAUAUAUAUGUAUAUAUAUAUAUGUAUAUAUGUAUAUAUAUAUAUAUAUAUAUAAUACACACACAAUUUUAUAUUACUUUAUGUAGAAUCUUGUCACGAUCUAUCUCGAAUAUAUAAAUAAGAUAAUUCAUAAUAAUUCAUAAUAAUUCAUGGAACGAAGAGUCUUCGUUAAUUUUUGAUAAAGAUGAGUUCGAUCUAAUAUAUGAUACACAAAAGUGAGAUCUGACGUUGAAAUUUAGAUCGGAUCGAUUAAUAUAUAAAAUCGAUGAUAUUAAUAAUGAUUAAUAAUGGUACUUUCGUAAAAGACCUAUUAAUAAUAAUGAAGAAGUAGAGAUAUUAUUAAGAAGACCUUGAAGAAAUGGAAGUCGUUGGGUCUUGUACGAUCUUAAUGGUGAUAUGAUAUAUUUGGAUUAUUUCAGAUAAAAUAAUAACCAUAAGAUAUCAUGGAGUAUCUUAAAUGGCCGAUUGAAAAAAAAAAAAACCUUGAACGACGUGAUUAUGUUAAAAUAAAUAACGAAGAUAUGAGCAUUUUUAUUGGACGCGUAUGUCGAAAUGAAUUUAGCUUUUUUUUUUUUUAUUUGUUAUUGGUUUUUUUUCUUUUUUUUUUUUUUUUUUUUUUCUUUUAUUCGUGACUUAGUCAUUUAACGACAUUAUUUUUAUUUUUAAUUUCGUUUUAUUACAUUUUGUAAUACGUACCUUUAUGUAUGCAAGUUGAAAGAAAUCUCGUUAUUAGAAGCGACUAGCAAUAGAUGUAUUUGGAUAUAAAAAAAAAAAAAAAAAAGAAAGAAGAAGUAGAAAAAAAUAAUAUCUAUGUACAUGUGCCGUUCAAUACGAACUACUAGUCAAAACUAAAGGCUAGAUUUAGCCUAAUAACGUGCAAUAACGUUGUGAUUAUACGAAAUUUUAAUUGUACAUGUAAUGAUGGUGCAUUUUUAAUCGCGCCAAAACUUUACAGAGAAAUAAAUGAAUAGAGAGCAUCGUUUUAUUAACUUUCGCGUAUGAAUUUUGUAAAUCAACGAACGAUAUCUAUGUUCGAUUAAAGGGGAAAAAUUAAAAAAGAAAAGAAAAAAAAAAGAAGAAACAAAGAAGAAAGCAAAAAUAGAAAAAAAAAAGGAUUAAGAAUUCUUAUAAAAAAAUUUUGCGAUUUGCGUAAAGGCUUAUUUUUAUAAACUAAUGUGAGUAUAUUAUAAGGAAAUAAAGGAUCGAAGAAUUGACGGUAAGUUGGUACCGUUUUACUUUACAGGCCGUACAGAUUUUACGCCUAAACCCCGACAAGAUGGAGUUCACAAAAGAAGUAUUAAUUAUUCUUUUUCUUCAUAUUCCUGAUCCUAUCGAACAUCGUAUCAUUUCGUAAUUAAAGAUCCUUUAAAGAGCUUACAUUUCUUUGUGAUUGAUCUGUUUGCAAUAAAAAAAUGUUUUCAACUUUUGACGAUAAACUUAAUCGUUCGAUGAUUUGAAUCACAGUCAUACUUACAGAAAUUAAAAUUGCACGUUCUUUCGAAUUUUCUUAAUUAAUUUCCAUCGAUUAAAUAAUUUUAUGUUCAGAUAAUUUUUUUUUCUUUUUUUUCUUUUUCUUUUUUAUAUACCAAUUUAUGCAAAUAGAAUGUUCUGUAGGUAAUAUAAAGGUCAACAUAUUAAAUGUAUAAUCAAUAUGAGUCUUUCCACAUACAUUCAUAAUAUUAUAAUAUAUCUAAUAAUAGUAUUCAAAAUUUUCUUUUAUUAAUAUAGUAAAACUUUUUUUCAAGAUAUUCAUCAUUAAUAUCAAUCAAUUUAUGAUGUCAACGACAUCGACAUUAUAUAUUAUAUAUAUAUAUAUAUAUAACGCAAUAUAUAUAUAUAGUGCAAUCCAAAUGAAAAAUACCGCUUAAAAUAUCGCAAAAAAAUUCGAUAAAAUCAUUUCUCAUGUAAACUGCCUAAAAAUAGAAACACCCUGUGUUUUUAAUUAAGACGAAGAAGAGGACAAGUAUUUUUCUCAUCAUUAAAUUGAGGAAUGUAAUCUUUGUAAUAAAAUAAUAUACAUAGAGAGAUGUCCGAAUGAAUGAAUUUAUCAAUUACAUCGAUCAUUAUGUCGAUACGGAACGAUUGGGAUUAACAUUGAGAUGACAUGUUAAUGAGAAUGGAAUGUACGGGCGCAAAUGGAAGAAAAACAAAAACAAAAAAGAAGAAAAAAAAAGGGUGGAAAAUCAAUAUCAUAAUUCGAUCGGUUCCUUGGAAAUGUCUUCAUGCGUGCCAAAUAGUUACGUGACAAAAUUAAAAAAAAAAAAAAAAAAAGAAUAGAAGAUAAGGGAGUAAUUAUUAUUGACUUCCAACAACUUUAUAUGUCUUGUAAUAAACAUUUUGAGAAAAAAAAAACAAAAAAAACAUUGUUAUUUUCUUAUCGAUCACGAGCUAUUUGUAGUUUCUUAUUAAUAUUCUUUUACGCAAGCUUCGUUUUAAUUCUUAACAAUAAUUAUUAAAAUUAAUUUCAAAGGACCGACUUUAUUAUGAUCUAAUAAGAAAUCACCGCGUAUCUAAGCAAUAAUAUGUAUUGUACAUACAUACAUACAUACAUACAUACAUACAUCCAUACAUACAUACAUACAUACAUACAUACAUGCAAACAUACAUACAUACAUACAUAUAUGCAUAUGUAGGUACAAUUUUACCUUUAACAGAGGUGUUAUUAUAUUUUAUAUGUAUAUGAAUGCUGUGUAACUUUUUUUAUUAUAUAUUUAUCGAGGUUGUAUCGUGGCACAAAGAAUGCUCGUAACCAGGAUAUUGUAACGAAUGUAAAAUGUAUAGUUUCACAUAUCUCGUUGUUUCUUUUAAACUAACUAUAAAUAUAUUACGCUGUGAAACAGUGGUGUGCCAUUGUUUGAAUUGUUGCGAAGUAUGUGUUUGAUAUGAAGAGAAAUGAAAUAUAAUUGUGAAAAUUAUAA